CUAACCUCCUCGUCCGCCGCCGCCCUCCCCUUUCUCUCCUCGAGAAUUACCAUUCGUGCCUUUCAAUCACCUGGGUAUGAUCGCCAGCGACCAGAGAGUUGAAAAGAAGAAACGACGGAGUCAACGUCGAAAAGUCACCUAUGUCUCGCGCCAUUUUACAGAGGACUCCUCCGAAUCCAGCGGAGCAUCAUCACAGACAGGGCGAGAACUCGACCAUGCACUCAAGAACGUCAGCACCGCCGUCGACGACAUUCGCAAGAUUGUAAGAGCCGAGUUAUCCACCUUGGGGUCACCUCAACAAGCCUCACGUCCUCCUCCUAACCAUGGACCCCGAGUGUACCAUGGCAUCAACAUCGACGAUUUAUCCUCUGACUCGGAUCUCACCGACGUACCCGACGACAUAGGACCAGAUCCAUUCCUCUCGGCCCACGAGUCGUCCCUCUCCAAGGUACAAGCGAUAAAGGUGAAGUCGAAGAAACCAGCCCGUCGACCCACGAAAUCACCAUACUUUCCUCACCCCCACAAACACCGCCCUACGUUCUUGUCGACCUUACCCUUCCCUCCUCUUUCGCACGAGACAUUCGGUCUCAUGCAGGAGAGACUCGCGCAUGACCCUUUCCGCCUCCUCAUCGCCACCAUCUUCCUCAACAAGACGCCCGGGGAGCGCGCCAUGCCCGUGUUUUACCAACUGAUGUCCCGGUACCCGACGCCGUUGGCCCUCUCCAAGGCACAGGUGGGCGACAUCACUUCCAUCAUUUACGUGCUUGGCUUCCAGAACCAACGGGCACGGAAAUGCGUGGCCAUGGCUCGAGCCUGGGUCGAACGGCCCCCGGAGCGAGGGAAACGGUACAGGAAGCUUCACUACCCGACAAAGGGGGACGGGAAGGAUGUAGGGGUCGAUGAGGUGAUUGAUGACGACGAGACCGACGCCCGGGUCGCUUGGGAGAUCUCCCACCUUCCAGGCUUGGGUCCGUAUUCCCAUGACAGUUGGAGAAUGUUUUGCCGAGACGAACUUCGAGGACUGAGUACAGGUUGGAACGGCGAGGGCCGCAACAGCAGCAGCAGCCAUAAUGAUCAGGAUUAUCAUGAAUACGAAAAACCCGAAAACAAAACCAAAACCAAAAAUUUUGAACCGGAAUGGAAACGAGUCGUGCCGUUGGAUAAAGAAUUACGGGCGUGGCUUACAUGGAUGUGGAUGAAGGAAGGGUGGGUGUGGAACAAGGAGACGGGCCAACGUCUGAAGGCAAGUGACGAAUUGAUGGCGACCGCGAAUGGAGGUGGUGUCGUGGUCGAAGAAAAAGAUUCGGACCAUCUCAUCAUCGUCAAAAGCACGGAUAUAGAAGAGAAGAAGGCGACCGGUCUCUCGGGCAUCAAAAAGGUCGAGCACCCUGCUGGAGACUUUUUGCCCUCUGCGUCGUCGAAUGAAAUAUAA